AUGGCGAUAAAAUUGUGUUGCUUUCCCAAGGAUCCACUGGAGGAUGUUGAGACUUGGAGUGAGUCUGUGGAUAAAAUCCUCAGUUGUAAAGCCGGACAAAUAGCUUUCCGGGAGUUCCUAAAGUCCGAAUACAGCGAGGAGAACAUACUGUUUUGGCUGGCCUGCGAGGAGUAUAAAAAAAUCAAGGCAGUGCCAGAGAUGAUCUCCUCUGCCAACAGGAUCUACUCCGAGUUUGUCCAAACAGAAGCGCCCAGACAGAUCAACAUAGAUUGCAGCACCAGAGAAAACAUAACAAAGAACAUCUCCCAGCCUUCCCUGACUUCGUUUGAUACGGCACAGAAGCUCAUCUACAGUCUGAUGGCCAGGGAUUGCUACCCGCGCUUCCUAAAGUCUAACAUCUAUCAGGGACUCCUGAGGAGAACCGAUUCAAGGUGA